UCGUGCACAUCUCGGUAUCUAAGGCGGAGAUCUACGUAUAUAAAGUCGUCGGGGCGAGACGCGGGUUUAGAAGCUUUGUACUGCUCGUCGAUCUAAGUAUCGGGAUUGACAGAAGAGAAGAGUGCAUCGGAAGGGCUGUCACAAUAUCGAUCGGAUAAUCGAGAAAAGGGCCGCAAGUUUUUGCUACAGCGUGUACCACGUUCCACUCUCCUCGCGCCCCUGUAGCUUUCGUGGCUUCGGGUCCAGAAGAGCAUCAUGAAGACAACCCUAAUAUUGGCAUUAUUUUGUCUGGGAGUAUGUUUGGCAAAUCCUUUAGAGAAAAAGGAGAAGAUAAGUGUCAUAGAGCAGCAGUCUGCAACGCUAACAGAUCGAGCUAAGUACGAAGAGGAACUUCUUCGUAAACUCAAUUCGAAAUGCUCCCAAAACGACAUCAGCAGUUGCGUAAUGUUGAAGUUGGUGACAUAUAUGAACAAGUUGUUGAAGAAAGCCUCGAUCGAACUCACUGAUGACAUCGAAAUCAGGAAGACGAGCCAAACGUCGGAGGAUGUGAUUACAUUUGAAGCCGGUAGAAGUAAGGACGAUGAGACUCAAUUUCUUGAUCUCAUCGCAAAUAAAUUUUACGCCUUCAUCAAAUCGAGAAGCAUCAAAUGGAGGAUUUUACCCGAGGAUGAUAUUGUUGUGUCCGCAUCGGAGGAUGAGACUGGCUCGUUAAAUUUGGGUCUAUCUAUUGAGCGCGCUGACAAGCCUCUUCAAGACGGCCGUGGAAAGAAAAACAACAUGGGCCCGUUGAUUGCCGCGGCUGUCUUGAAGAUGGGCCUCAUCGCUGGUCUUGCAUUCAAAGCACUCGCUCUUUUGGUCGGCAAGGCUCUCCUUCUAUCAAAGAUCGCUCUUCUUUUAGCUGGUAUCAUAGGUCUGAAGAAGCUCUUCUCGCAAGGGAAGCAUGUGACCUACGAAGUGGUCGCACAUCCUCAUCAUGAUCAUGGACACGGCGAUAGCUAUUCCAGCGGAUGGGGGAGAAGUUUCAAUGAACAAACGCCAAUCUUCGGACAACCGGACGCUCACGAACUAGCUUAUUCGGCUCAUGUAAAGUAAAUAAUUUUUAUGAUCGAAAGAGAGCCAGAAUCCAAGGAUCGUCCGAGAUCAAGAUGAGAAGUGCGACGUCUUCUCGGAUCCGUAUUCUUGAGAAUUUCCCGUAGAGUUACCCCGCAUAGUAAUUUAUUUGCACUAUCCAUUUUAAUCGUCUUUUUCCUCUUCAUCUUCUUUCCUCUUUCAUCUUUCUCAUUUUCUACGAUCGUUAUCGUUGCACCUUCUAACUCUCUCUACAGUAAUAACAGAUGUGCUCUGUUUCUUUAUUAUUGUCAUGCCUAAAUUUCCGGACGACGAAUUGCACGACGCAUGAAUACAUCCAUGACGCACAGCGACGAACAUAUUUACGGUAACGGCAACAUCAGGACGUCACAUUACGGAUUACGGAUACGUAAGCAGGUAGACAAGAACUUCUCUGAUGUGUGAAGGAAGGACGCAUUACAAGAGUUUUACCUACUUUCGUGACUCUACUUAUAGAUAAUCGCGGAUACUGCGAGACUCUCGUCAGUAGGACAUUGGAUUACAUACGAGCGCUGUUAUAUUCUUCUCGUCCUUAGUAUUAUGAUCUGUGAUAUUGGUGAGAAUUUAGA